AUGCCCACAGAAAGUGGAAGUUGGCAACAGAAACGCAAAUCACAUAGUCUUUCUAUAAGAAGAACUAACAGUUCAGAACAAGUAAGGUCAGGACUUUCAAGAGAAAUGUUGGAAGGACAAGAUUCUAAACUCCCCUCCUCAGUUCGGAACACACUUCUGGAGCUUUUUGGCCAAACAGAAAGAGAGUUCGAAAAUCUUUAUAUUGAAAAUUUGGAAUUGCGUAGAGAAAUCGAUACCCUUAAUGAGCAUCUUGCUGCUGAAGGACAAACAAGUGAUGGGGCAGAACUGACUAAGGGUCAGCUGAAAACAAAAGCCAGUCAUAGUACCAGCCAUCUUUCUCAGAAAUUAAAGACCACUUACAAAGCUUCUACUAGCAAGAUUGUUUUCAGUUUUAAGACUACAGCAUCAAGGGCAAUUUGCCAACUAGUGAAGGAGUAUGUUGGCCACAGGGAUGGAAUCUGGGAAGUGAGUGUUACAAAGACACAGCCGGUGGUGUUGGGGAGGGCUUCCGCUGAUCACACAGCUUUACUAUGGAGCAUGGAAACUGGGAAGUGCCUUGUCAAGUAUGCGGGUCAUGUUGGGUCAGUAAAUUCCAUAAAAUUUCAUCCUUCUGAGCAGGUAGCUCUUACAACAUCUGGUGACCAAACAGCUCAUAUCUGGAGAUAUAUGGUACAGCUCCCCACACCUCAACCUACUACAGAUACUAGUCAACAAAUGUCAGGAGAAGAUGAAGCAGAAUUUUCAGAUAAAGAUGAUGCAGAUGGAGAUGGAGAGGGUUCCAGUGACUGCCCUACCAUUAGGGUUCCCCUAAUAUCACUUAAAAGCCAUCAAGGAGUGGUAAUGGCACCUGAUUGGUUGGUUGGAGGGAAGCAAGCAGUAACAGCCUCAUGGGAUAGAACAGCAAACCUAUAUGAUGUUGAGACAUCUGAACUUGUUCAUACUUUAACAGGGCAUGAUCAAGAGUUAACACAUUGUUGUAUACAUCCCACCCAGCGUCUUGUAGUGACAUCAUCUCGUGAUACAACCUUUCGCCUUUGGGAUUUCAGAGAUCCUUCAAUCCAUUCUGUGAAUAUCUUUCAAGGUCAUACAGACACUGUGACCUCUCCUAUGUUUACUGUCGGUGAAAAUGUUAUUUCAGGAAGUGACGAUCGUACUGUAAAAGUAUGGGAUUUGAAAAAUAUGAGAUCCCCAAUUGCAACUAUCCGAACAGACUCUGCUAUAAACAGGAUUAAUGUGUGUGUUGGUCAAAGAAUCAUUGCCCUUCCACAUGACAACUGACAAGUUAGAUUAUUUAUUACAUCAGGAGUACGAUUAGAAAGGCUCCCCCUACGUAACAGACAGGGCCACAGAAAAAUGGUGUGCUGCUCGGCUUGGAGUGAAGAUCAUCCAAUAUGCAACCUGUUUACUUGUGGGUUUGAUCGCCAGGCCAUUGGCUGGAACAUCAACAUCCCUGCUUUGCUACAAGAAAAAUAAGAUCUGUGGAUU